UCCGCCUCUGUUCGUGCCUGAAGACGCAAACCCUCUUGCCCUCCCACGGUGUUUUGGCCGUCUGUCUCUGCAAAAUGGCAGCAACUCCUUUUUUCCAGAGCAGCUUCAACACCGUCUGCGUAAUGGACGCCAACAGCUGCCUGGGCUGCGGCCUGGUCGACCACUUGCUCCGUCGAGGCUAUCAAGUCCACGCCGCUAUUCAGAGCCCUAAGGAGAGUCAGAUGUUGAAGAAACUGGCGUGCGACAACCAGAAUCUGAAGAUUUUUCACUCCGACCCCUUCGAUUACCAGAGCAUAGUCGACGCUCUCAAGGGCUGUUCUGGUUUGUUCUACAGUUUCGAGCCUCCCGAAGACUAUCCCAUCUAUGAUGAAUUCAUGGUGGAAAUUGAGGUAAGAGCAGCGCACAACGUGCUGGAAGCCUGCGCCCAAACAGAGACCAUCGACAAGGUGGUUUUCACUUCAUCGGCAACCGCCGUUAUUUGGAGGGAGGAUCGUAAAUCAUCGCAGCUCUCAGAUUUUGACGAAACACACUGGACGGACAUCAACUUAUGCCGUAAAUUUAAGCUGUGGCACGCGCUGUCGAAGACGCUGGCCGAGAAGGCGGCAUGGGCCUUGGCCAUGGACAGGGGAGUCAGCAUGGUGUGCGUCAACGCCGGACUCUUGAUGGGCGGCCCGGAUCUAACCAUCUCGAAUCCUUACCUGAAAGGAGCGGCCGAGAUGUACGAAGACGGCGUCUUCGUCACCGUCGAUCUCGACUUCCUCGUCGACGCCCACAUCUGCGUCUUCGAAGACGUCGCAUCCUACGGCCGGUAUCUGUGCUUCAACCACGCGAUCAGCACGAACGACGACGCCGUCAAGCUGGCCCAGAUGCUCUCCCCCGAUUCCCCACAGCCCCCUCCUCCAAGUUACGAGGAGGAUAUGAGAAUCAUACAACAGAGAAUAAGCAACAAGAAGCUGAACAAAUUGAUGGUUGAUUUCGAUAGUAGUGGGGCCAGGGACGAGCGAAGAGCGAUUGUAGACCCUGAAAGGAUAUUUUAGGAAUUAUAUUGAGUGGGCUGGAAGGUGGACACGUGUACGGUGGUCAAAGUUUUUGUUUGCUGGCAAGGACUUGGAGUCAAGUCAGUCGCUUCUUCACUAAUAAAUGUGGGAGGGAGGGGCGUUUUGGGCCGUUGGAUUGACCGAAAAUGAGCACUCGGCAGUCUCGACACUGGGGUUGGGAAAUGGGAAGCGCGACAGCACGUGGCUACUUCUUUUUUAAGUAGGUGACUUUUGUGUGUCUGUGAUGUGAUGUACAAAGAGUGGCAGAGCCAUGUGAGGUGGGGUAAUUACGUCCUCUAGGUGUAUGAAUUAUUUCUUGCUUUCUUUUCUUUUUUUCCUUUGUAUUUUUAUCUGUUACAUCCGUGCUGUAUUCCCCUGUAUGUAUCUAUGAAGAAGAUUAGAACGGAA